AUGAGGGAACUUGACGCGGCAAGAAUCAAGGAAAACGAUCGGCGAAAUAUGUUCAAGGAUAUGUCAGCCGAAGAGAUUGCCGAAUAUUAUGAAAAACGCUAUCGCGAUGAGGGUAGAAGUGCCGCUGUUGAGUACGAUGAUGAUGCAAGCUAUGCUGGUGACAUUGCUCAAAAUGGAUUGCUACCAUCAACGAAAGACCCAAAUCUCUGGAUUCUGAUGCGAAAAGCGCUUGCUUUUGAGGCCACCCAACAACCGCUUCAAAUCAAAUCAGUGAUCUACAAAGAAGGUCUCAAGGGAAUGCUUUACGUUGAGGCUUUCAAACAAUCGCACGUGGCUCAAGCAAUUGAUAGUAUUGGCGCACUAAAUGCAUUCAACAUUGUGAUGGUGCCAAUCAAAGAAAUGGUGGAUUCUCUGCGUGUUGUAAAGGAUAUACCUCAACUGAAACCGGGGACUUAUGUACGACUAAAGCGCACGAUUUACAAGGACGAUCUGGCUCAGGUCGACUGGGUAGACAUUGCACAAAACAAAGUGAACCUAAAAUUGCUACCUCGAAUCGAUUACACCAGAAUGCGAGGAGCGUUGCGAACAGAGGCCGACCGUGCUUUCAAAAAGACACGGCGUCCAGGACCACAACUCUUCAAUCAAGAGAAAAUCAAGGAAAUUGGAGGCGAGGUUACAAACGAUGGUGAUUUUACGAUCUUUGAAGGAAAUCAUUACCGACGCGGGUUUCUCUACAAAGCGUUUCCAUUGAAUGCAAUUAUUGAUGAAGGAGUGAAGCCAUCACUUACAGAACUUGAAAAGUUCCAAGAAACGUCCGAUGAUUUGAAACGCGAUUUGGAGAAAACGUCAAUUAAAGGAUCAACAACCAAGUUCGCUCCUGGAGAUAUUGUUGAGGUGGCUGAAGGUGAACUUGUCAAUUUGCGUGGUAAAGUUCUCACUGUUGAUGGAGAUCAAGUCCACAUUAUGCCCGACCAUGAGGAUUUGAACGAGGUUAUCACACUCAAGGCCGUUGAACUUCGCAAACAUUUCAAACCUGGUGAUCAUGUGAAAAUCAUUGAUGGAAAGUAUGAGGGAGAUACUGGACUGAUUGUGAAAACGGAACUGAAUGAAGUGGUUAUCUUCUCCGAUUUAACGAACGAUGAAAUCAAAUGUCGCCCUAGAGACGUUCAACUGUGUGCUCAAAUUUCAUCGGGGGUGGAUUCACUUGGAAAAUAUCAGUUCCAUGACCUCGUACAAAUUGAUCGUGAAAACCGUGGGAAUGAUUGUGCGACUGGAAAGGGAAACUUUGGAGAUUCUCAAUAUGUAUGGAAAGUUGGUUCGGCUGAAACCACUGGCCAUUAUGGGGAAAAAAGAAGACAAGUUUGCACAAGCUUUGGACUCGACUGGAAACAGCGUCCAAGUCAAGGAUAUGAUCAGAGUUAUCGACGGACCUUAUCAUGU